AUUGUCCGUCAUUGCAUGGCGGAGUGUAAAGCAGCAUUGUGAUUGUAUGAUUUUUUGAUAAAACGAAUAUCAAUAUUCGAUGUGACGCGGUUCGAUUUCGUUUUUUGCGAUUGCCUUCAUAAAACUAACUGGAUGAACGAAACAGAUGUUCUGAUAGGAGCAGCAUAUCAACUCAGCACUUGCGUUUAAGCUUGCCUUUAUCACCUUCAGCUCACCUUUACCUUGCAGCCAGCGCAGUCUUAACUUGAGUAGACUUACAAGUUUUUAUACAACGUUUGAGUUAACACAGCAGUUUUAACAACGGUUAAUUGGUUUUUGGUGCAACUGAUUGCGUAACACAUAUGUUACGACUAACAAUAAAUUAAGUUUUAUCUAGGAUCUAGUGUAAACCAGUAAUUAUGGCCGGAGUGUGGUCACUCGUCAAGCAAUCUACACUGGUGCAUCUUUGUUUUGCGAUUACCUUCUUUACGUCUGGAUUGAUCAUUAAUUCAGUGCAAUGUGUGCUGUAUUUUGGACUGAAACCAUUCAACAAGCGUCUUUAUAGAAAAAUAGGAUAUUACUUGUGUUACUCUUUCUACUGUCAGCUGGUAUUUCUGUCGGAUUGGUGGUCCGGAACAACACUGUACGUAUACAUCAGUGAGGAAGACCUAAAAUACUGUGGAAAGGAGCACGUGCUUUUGCUCAUGAAUCACUCGUACGAGGUGGAUUGGCUUAUUGGAUGGGUGUUUUGCGAUAAAGUUGGCGUGUUGGGAAAUUGUAAGGCUUAUGCCAAGAAAGUUAUCCAAUACAUACCAACGAUUGGUUGGGCUUGGAAGUUUGCUGAAUUUGUAUUUCUGGAGCGUUCGUUCGAAAAAGAUAAGGAAAUCAUUGGCCGACAGAUCAAGGAAAUCAUGGACUAUCCAGAUCCUGUGUGGCUGUUGCUGAAUGCCGAAGGCACACGGUUCACUGAAAAGAAGCAUGAAGCAUCUGUCCUGUUUGCUCGUGAACGUGGCAUGGUAGAGCUGAAACAUCAUUUAAUUCCUCGUACGAAGGGUUUUACUGCUAGUUUGCCGCAUCUGCGAGGUAAAAGCUCAAUUUUGGACAUUCAAUUGGCUAUUAGUAAAGAUUCACCUGUCAAACCAACGAUAUUCAAUAUUCUUAACGGAAAGCCACUUACUGCACACAUGCAUGUUCGCCGCAUUCCGACCGAAUCCCUGCCUGAAGAGGAAGAAAAGGCCGCUGAAUGGCUACAUGAGCUUUUCAGAGAAAAAGACAAAAUGCAGGAAAGCUUCCACAAUCAUGGGGACUUUUUCACCAGCUCUGGAGUGUUGAAGAAAAUUCCUAUUAAAACGCAGCCCCGGAUAUCAACUUUCAUUAACAUGGCAGCGUGGAAUGUGAUAACGGUUGUUCCCAUGUCCUAUUAUCUAGUACAGUUGCUGGUUAGUGGAGAAAUUCUGUACUUCUCGAUCGGCUCGUCUAUUCUUGUUGCUUUUUACGCACUGAUGGUAAAGGCAAUUGGGAUGUCUAAAAUUAGUAAAGCAUCUUCGUACGGUGCAGAUGCAGCCGGGGGACAGAGUAGUCAAAAUGGAACUUCGAGCAAUAAGUCAUCCAAGACUACGUAGAAGCAGCUAGAAAGUGAUUACUUAGUGUUGUACACCCUAUUUAGGAACUUCCAUCAAAGUCCAAAAUCGUAGAUUAGAGACUUCCGAUCCCGUUAUACUUUCUCCAAUUUUUGGAGGUUAGUUUUGCUCUAAGCAAGUACUUUUGUUUUGUGCAUUGAGACACUUUUUUCUAAAAAAAUGAUACACGGACGUGCGUUUAACCACCGUCGGUAAAACCAAAUUUUUGCUACACCAUUUAAUAUAUAUAUAUAUAUAUAUAU